AUGCCGGGAGUUAUGCCCUCUUCGUUUCUACCCAAAGAAUUGCUUUCCGCUGGAUUUGAGCGUAACUUUCGACUCCUUCCUUUGAACUCCUGCCUUGAAAGUAGAGGAAUCUCACAUAGCCUUGGGGCAUCCACUGGCCAUCUGGACCCAUGGAUUCGGCCUUUGCGGCUUUCGUCACCCGUUAGAUGUUCAAAGGCGAAAUCCCCUGCUUUGAGCACCAAUACUCUUAAUUCGUCAAAUUUGCUGCGCAAUGCGCAACGUGUAAAGCGGGCCGAACACUCGGGAGUUGUUGUUUUAGGUUCCACAUCGCGUUGGAUUCUCCUUCCCGAUCUGGACGAAGAAGAGCCUAUCGUCUUAAGAGCCACGCCUGCUGGCGAUGAUGCAUCAUCUCUUUCUACUGAGUCUGUUGCUCCUAGUACACUAGAAAUUAAUACGAAUUAA